GAGAGAGAGAGGUAACGUUGAGAUGAAGAUGAAGGUUGGUUUCAUCAUUGUAGCUCUUUUAAUGUUAUCCGUUGUUGACAUUUCAGCUAAAGAAGAAAUAUCACCGAGACUGUCUCCAAUAGAGCAUUCCUCCUCGUCUCCGCCUCAGCAAGAAAACGAAAUGUCUCCAAUAUCUCCGACGAUGAUGUCUAAUGACUACGACUAUCCGCCUUCGUCUCAGUUUACGGAAUCAAGUGAUCUCAGUUACACUGAAAAUACCAGAACGGGAGGCAAAAAAGUAGCCUCCGGAGGUGGAGGAAACAAGACAGGAAUUGUUCUUGUUGGAGCCAUUGCAGCGGUGAGUAUGGUCUGCUUCGGUGGUGGAUAUUUGUUCAAGAAACGGCGUGACAACAUUCGUCGAUCACGGUAUGGAUACGUCGCCACUGAAUUCUUCUGAUGAUCUCGCCUUUAAAACUCUUAAAGUUAUCUUUCUUUUGGUAAAUAUUUGUUUGUUCUGUGAGAGAUGCAAAAGUGAGCUUUUGUUUAUUGAGAGAUUCACAACAAUGUAGAUUGUAUUGAAAAAACAUACAGAACAUGAGGCAUGAGACUGUUUUUUAUCUAAUGGAAAAGUGAAAACACCCACAAGGAAAUAAAUAUAGCUUCAUCUUUA